AUGUCGGGACCCCCUGCCCGGCUGCUUCUGCCCCUGCUCUGCUGCGCACUGGCCGCCCGCUGCACGGGUGCCAUGGCCCUGAAGCCCCCCAGCAUCACCGGCCUGCGGAUGCCGGCAGAGCCCCCCCACCCAGGCAAGAGAGUGAUGGUCUCAUGCGAGGCGGUGAGCUGCCUCCCCGAGCUCACGCUGCUCUACUGGCUGGGGAACGGCUCCUUCGUGGAGAAGCUGCACCCGGACGGCGUCGUGAGCGAGGGAACGGUGCUAGAGGAGCCGCAGGGCUCAGGGGUAGUGCUGCGCCGUGACCUGCACUUCAGCUCCUUCGGUGCCCAGCACCUCUACACUAACUUCACCUGCGUGGUGCUCAGUCCCCUCGGCGUCGACACCAGGGAGGUGCGGUGGCCGCCCCCGGCACCAGCCCCGGCCCCUGCUGAGAGCGGGGGACUGGGCUGA